AUGUCCGGUCAUAAGAUGUUUUUCGCGCUCACAGGACAACCAGUACCUAGAGGGACAAAUGGGAAGUCUGCUAAAAUGAUUGUUGAGGAAGCUAGCAAUAAAGAUAUGAUGGCGCAAAGCAAUAUGUUUGCAUCGCCUGGAGAAAUUUACACACAGAACAGCGGAGAGCCAGGUAUCGUCCAGUUGGGAAUAGAUGCUCGAGUUAAAUCAGUAUACACCAACCAGAUUAGAGAUUCGAGAGAUGAUCUUUUAGAUAAAAUGGCUACUCGAAUUGAUACGCUGUUGGGUAAUAAAGUGCCGGCACAGGUGGCACGUCCAUCGGCACAAGAAGUUGACAUAGUUAACAAUAUGAAAAACAUUCUGUCAUAUUUUGAGGAACAGCAAGGUCAAGGUCAAGAAGCUGCAAGUUAUGUAGCUACUAGACGCAGUCAAGCUGAUACUCAGGGACAGCAGGGUUUCUCAUAG